UAAUUGCCUGUGUGUUGUAUUUAGCAGUGGGCACCCAGGAGGAUAUGACGGACGUCCUGUUGCUCCAUACCCUUUUCCUACAGGUGGGUUUCCUCCACCCAUGCAAGGAGCUGUUAACCCCUGGCCUGGUUUGAUGGACAACCCAAAGCAGUGGGACUAUUACCCUCGGCGAGACAAAGAGAGGGAAAAAGAGCGAGAGAGAGACAGGCCGAGGGAAAGGGGUCAUGAGAGAGACCAUAGUCCCUCUGCUGUGGUUUAUAACAGUGAUGAAGAACGGUAUCGUUCUUACCGUGAUUACGGAGACAGAGGGUAUGAGAGGCAUCGGGAGCGAUCGAGCCGAGAGAAGGAGGAGCGUCACAGGGAGAGGAGACACAGAGAGAAAGAGGAAGGGAGGCACAAGUCAUCGCGGAGCAGUAGCAGACGGAGACAUGACAGCGAGGAGGGUGACAGUCACCGGCGCCACAAGCACAAGAAGUCCAAAAGGAGCAAAGAGGGCAAGGAGCCCAGUGAGGAGCGUUCUGCUGACCAGGAGAACCAGGAGGCCAUGGAGUAACUCCUGUCUGUCUUCUCCGCUCUCCUUCUUUCUUAUCAUCAGAGCGUUGGUUGUCCACCAAAUCAUGCUAUAUGAAAUUAUAAUCCAGUUUACCUUCCUUUUGUGUUCAUGUUUCCCUUUUUUUUUGUUUUUGCAGUUUUUCUCCAGUGCAGUUGUGUACCAUGUAGAUGUUGAUUUGUUGGAUUAAAAAAGAGCAUUUGGUA